AUGAAAAAGCUAAAGUUUCUGAUUAUAUCCAAUUGCGGUAUAGACAAGGCAACAGUUAAAGGUCUAGAUGUCUUAUCGUCACUCAAUCAGCUUAAGAGUGUCCGCUUGGAGAGGUUGAUUUCACCCCUUAGUGGAAAACAGAGCAUUCAAGCACUGCAGAAUAUAGAGAAGCUAUCUCUGAGCUUAUGUGAAGGAUUUGAUUAUAUACCCACAUUCAACAGUUUACAAGAUUUAAAUCUCAACAGCAACAAUAAUCUUCCUGCAUCCAUUGGAAAGCUUGAACAGUUGGAGUAUCUAGACAUUUCACUAUGUGAGAUCUUGAAAGAGCUUCCAAAGGAAAUAGGACAACUCAAAACAUUGAAGGAGCUUAAUAUGAGAGAGUGUUCCAAUUUGACAAUGCUACCUUCAACUGUUUGUGAGCUACAUUCCCUGAAGCUUGUUACCGGUGAUGAGACGAUUGGGAAGCAGUGGUUGCGGGCUAAGAACACUUCUAUUCCCGAGCUUAAUGUUCAAAUCGUGGAAGCAUACUUUAGUUUGGAUUGGCUUGAUAUCUGA